AUGGCAGACUUUCUAUCUACGCCUCCCAGGGCAUCUCCACUAUUGGCUGCGUCAUCAGACAGCAACCAGUCUCCAGGCUGUGUUUAUAAAUGCUCUUCUCAGACUUCUGUGGGCGUUGAUAUGCCUGAAAAGGAGAUAGACCCAGAAAUUCAGAGCAUCAUUCAGAGUAUUGAAGAGAGAUCCAGAAGAGGUUCACAUUGCCAUGCAAUGCAAGAGAAAACUGGUGUUGACAAGAGAGCAAGAAGGAAGUUAAUCAUUGCCAGCACUCUGUGUGUCCUGUUCAUGGCAGGAGAAAUAGUGGGUGGGGUAAUGGCGGGAAGUUUGGCCAUCAUAUCAGACGCUGCCCAUCUGUUAACAGACUUUGCCAGCUUUAUGAUCAGUCUCCUUGCAUUAAUGCUUGCCACUAGAUCUCCCUCCAAAAAGUUCAGCUUUGGGUGGUACAGGGCAGAAAUAUUGGGAGCCUUGCUUUCCAUUUUGUUCCUCUGGAUAUUGACUGGAGUUUUAUUUUACAUGGCUGUACGGAGAGUGAUUCAUCAGGAUUAUGUAAUUAAUGCUGAAAUUAUGCUGAUAACUGCAGCUUGUGGAGUAGCCUUUAAUAUUUUAAUGGGCAUAUCCUUAGGUCACCAUGGCCACAAUCAUUCUCACAAGAAAAAAUCUGCUAUAGCUCAGACAGAGACAUCAGAAGAUAAUCAAAGGUUGUUGGAUAAAGACAACUCAACACGUCCGGCAUCAUAUGGGGCAAUGAAUGGUGACCACAGUGAGACUGACCCUCUAGUCCAGGUCAAGGACGAUCAUACAGACAACAUCAAUGUGAAGGCCGCAUUCAUUCAUGUUGUGGGUGACCUAAUUCAAAGCAUUGGUGUCCUUAUUGCAGCUUUUAUUAUUUAUUUUAAGCCUGAGUGGAAACUUGCAGACCCCGUCUGUACCUUCGUGUUUUCUCUGAUUGUGAUGGUCACUACUUUCAAAAUAUUCAUGGACAUCAUUAAUGUGCUAAUGGAAGGAACACCCAGAGGUUUUGAUAUUACCUCAGUAAGAAACAGUUUCCUCAAACUCCCCGGGGUAAAGGAUGUUCAUGACCUCAGACUCUGGUCGCUCUCCAUGGACAAAAUUGCCUUGUCUUUGCAUUUAGCUGUUGAUAUUGUUGGUCUGAUGAUUGGCAACAUUUGGAACCGCAUUCGAACCAGUCGGUGGAUUAAAAAUAUCAUUGGAAUGGGAUUACCGAAAUUAAAUAUGAGAUGCAUUGGCAGAUAUUUGCUAUCCUCGAAAUUUUUACAAACUUUCAGGAAUUUAGAUUUGCUAUUUUGUAUUUGUUAAUAUUCACAGAAUCCAACACAGAUGCAAUGAAGAUACUGAAGCUGGGAUCGACAAUGGUUCGAAUGAAGUAUGGGAUCUCAGAGAGCACUAUUCAGGUGGAGGAAUAUGUAACCGAAAUGGACGACUGCACUCACUGUCAAGAUGCCAAGUAGAUCGAAUGAUGACCAUACGAUUCUGAAUGGAGUAAUGCUGUUGGUGCUUUAUAGUACAAUUUGUAAAUACAUCUUGAAUGUUCGAAUCUCGUACUUCAAAAACAUUUUCAAGGGACGUAGACAAAGUUUAUGUCUGUCAGUAUGUUGUUUUAUGUCGUAUUCGAGAAUUGUUCUCUCCCUUGCAGAGACUCGACAUCCAUUGUUCAAAAACUUCGUCUACAGCUGGUGUUGUAGUGUUCUUUAUUUUUGUUUUAUCUCAUUUAAAAGAUCUGCGACUUUAACUCCUGAUGCUGGACGCCUAGUGAAGGAACAGUCACUGCCCAUGUUAUUCGUCUAAGGUGUGACGCGGCGCGGGGAUCGAGAAUCGAACCCAGUCGGUAUCCAUGUUGCUAAGCGAGAUGUAACCUUUAUCUAUGUUGCUAAGUGAGAUGUAACCUUUAUCCAUGUUGCUAAGUGAGAUGUAACCUUUAUCUAUGUUGCUAAGUGAGAUGUAACCUUUAUCUAUGUUGCUAAGUGAGAUGUAACCUUUAUCUAUGUUGCUAAGUGAGAUGUAACCUUUAUCUAUGUUGCUAAGUGAGAUGUAACCUUUAUCUAUGUUGCUAAGUGAGAUGUAACCUUUAUCUAUGUUGCUAAGUGAGAUGUAACCUUUAUCUAUGUUGCUAAGUGAGAUGUAACUGGGAAACACUGAAUGGUGAAGGUUCCAUCCGCCUCUCUCUGUAAUCAUCUCGUGCAAGAUCUCAUAAUAUAAAGUGUUGGAUAUUUUUUAAAGACCCAACUUUAAGUUAACGCCCCCAAAUUUUACCUGUGUCGCGAUCAAUGAUAAGCCGCUGGUCAAUCAAACUUUUAACAAUAGAGCUUAGAUUGAUUGACGUUUGCAGAGACCGUGGUCUACAGCUACCUGAGAAAGAUGUUUUGAUAACAAUCAUGGCUAAUGAUGACCGGCAGUCUUCAGAUCUCGAGGAAAGCCCCAGUAUACCUGAGUUUUGAUAGCAUUGACUCGCACCUAGAAUAUUUUAAUUUCUAACGUCCCCUAUACAAUGCAAUUUAUCAUCGUAUUUUCUCUCUCCAUCUUUAUACAUGUAUUAUAGAUUAAACAAUCAGAAAUCAAACAAUAAUAAUAAUAAUAAAAAAAACCCAAACAAACAUAAGUUAUUGGAAUAUUUUCUAUUAAUGAUUUAUUGUGGCUUUAUUUUUAUAAAAACAUGAACAAUUCUUUAUUGGCGCAGCACAUCAACAUGUAUAAUGGUUAUAUUGCCCAUGCGUAAAACUGUUACAGUAGUUUAAAAAAUGCUUCUGUUUGAGAUACCACAUGGAUUAUAAAUUACACAAUCAGAAAUCAAACAACAGUAAAAAAGCAUAAAUAAGUUAUUGAGAUAUUUCUAUUUAUAAUUUAUCACGGCUUUAUAUUGAGAGAGAGAGAGAGAGAGAGAGAGAGAGAGAGAGAGAAAGAGAGUUACUGAGAUAUUUCUAUUUAUAAUUUAUCACGGCUUUAUAUUUAUAGAGAGAGAGAGAGAGAGAGAGAGUUGUUGAGCUAUUUAUAAUUUAUCACGGUUUUAUGUUUAUAAAGAGAGAGAGAGAGAGAGAGAUGUGUAAAACUGUAGCAAUAAUAUAGAUGAAAUAAUAUGGCAUGGCAAUAGUGUUGCAUACGUAUGACAAUAAUUACUCAUUUAGUCAAUGAUUGAGAGUAAGGGAGAGAGAGAGAAAGGGGAGUAGACUAGCUAUGUGUCAGCUUUUGUUUGGAAUACCAUCGUUACACAAACACUACGUCCACAGAAACCCUAAAGAGAGAGAGAGAGAGAGAGAGAGAGAGGAGGGGGUGUAUACUUCGUGUCAUUACCACCAUUACGCAAACACUAUAGCUACAGAAACCCUACAGACAGCCCAUAUUGAGGGGUAUCUUGACCAUUCUUCAUUUGGUUGUACAUGUACACAGAUCUACUUGGAUUUAUUCAUUCUCUCGAAACAUGGAUAUUUUACCUACUACACCCACGACACCGCGAACUCCCAGGACACGUCGGGUAAUAUUAUAUUUCGGAAAUUAUUUAUAUACGAUAUAUAACAAUUUAAUUAGAAGUUUUAAAAAGCAAAGGUUUAGAAAUGGGCUAAACCUGUCAUUUGCAAUACAUAAAUAUGACCAAGUUUGAAGGUUUACGGGAAAUAGAAAUGCGGUAUGCAUGUAGGUUGAAAUUUUAAUUAUUUUUUUUUUUGCACAAAUCAAGACACUAAGCAUAAUUUGUAAUAACCUGAGAAAUUUCCUGUGUAUAUCAUAAAAAUAUACACAACAACUGAUCUCUUGGCCAGGUAAAUUCCAAGUAAAUAACAUUGACCAUGGAUAAGCUCCGCCCACAUUCAGUCAUCCGUGGAGCAACCGUACGGUGUUUUUUUUGGGUCUUUAAGUGUAUGUUCAUUAAACGCUGUGUAUAUCGUAAAAUGAUUUACCAUCUUCAGAAGAUAACAACAGGCUAUAUAUAUUGUAUAUACGAUCAGAAUGUGAUUCGUUUGAUAAGACAUCUGUAAUGCAUUGUAUGUGAUGAAUUUAGCGCUAGCAAUAGAAACGCGUUCUUCAUUUGAAAGUGUAUAAACAACCAUCAUUUAAAGGCACGGGUCAUUUUAAGUUUGUUGUAAAUAUUCAAAGUGAUAUUGCGUCUCAUUUACUAAUAUUACAAGAAUUUGAAUGUUGUCACAUUAAUAGUCCAACACCCCAGUUUGCUUAUUUGGCAUGUGCAAUUUUAAGUUGUUUUACUUUAUUUUUAAUUUUUACUUAUUUCUUUUGUAUUUAGAUCUACACUGUACAUUGCAUAAAAUAUGAACACACAAGUCCUUUCCAUAUAAAGCUUCCUUUUUUAAUACUCCACCGAGUUUUGGAUUUUCCUACUGUAAGAAUCCUUUAGCUAAUGAUCUGACUGGAAGCAAUUGGAAUAUUACACAAGAAUCACUGUGUACAUGUAUAAAUCGACAUCUAUGCAUAUCAUCUAUUCUAAAGAAUAAAAUGCAAAUUAUCUCCA